AUCCAUCAUCAGCAAACAUGUUUCGCAACAGCAGCGCCAGCAUGUAUGGAGGGGCCGGCGGGAGGGGCGCUAAGGCGUCCGUGUCCAGCAUUGAGGGACUCCGCAACGUCCUCCACAACAAAAUCGAGAAUGACUCCGCUCCGGCCAUUCCCACCACCGCUCCGGUCACUGCUUCCCAGCCCAAUGGCAGUCCCGCCCACGUCUCUCUCCCAGAGAACAAGCAGGAGCUGCAGGGCCUGAACAACCGCCUGAAGAACUACCUGGACAAGGUGCAGCAGCUGAAGGAGGACAACGGCAAGCUGCAGAAGGAGAUCGAUGACAUUCUGGCCAAGAGGAAGGCUCCUGAGAUCAGAGACUGGGAUAAAAUCCAGAAACCACAGGAUGAUCUCGACAAGGAGAUCAAGAAUCUCACCUUGGAAAAUGCCAAGCUGUUGCUCCAGAUUGACAACAACAAGCUGGCCCUGGAGGACUUCAAUAACAAGUUGGACGAUGAGUCAAGGAUGAAGAAGGAGUUAGAAAAAGACAUAGACACCCUGAAAAAGGACAUCGAGGAGACCAAGCAAACCCGAGAUCAGCUGCAGAAGGAGAUGGAACUGGUGGAGGAUGAGGUGAAACGCCUUGAGACUGACCACAAGAAGGAAGUUGACAACCUUUGUGAGAAGAUCAAGAACUCAGAGGUGAAGGUGGAGAUUGACUCCCAGAACUCCAACCUGGCCGACAUUGUCAAAAACAUACGGAUCCAUUACCAAAAACAGGCUGACAAGAACAUGAAGGAGACAGAGGAAUGGUACAAGGAGAAGUUUGACAACAUCCAGGUGAAGGAGGCCCACAACAACGAGGCUUUGGAGUCCGGAAAGUCAGAGUACAACAAACUGCUGAAGGAGAAGAAAAGCCUGCAAAUGCAGAUUCAGGCUAGCCUCAGCACGAUCAAGGCUUUGGAGGACAAUCUGAACAAAGUCCAGGCUGAGAACAACUACCGACUGGUCCCCGUCAACAACAUCAUCGUCAGCCUGGAGGCUGAGCUGAAGGAAGUGAGGGCUCAGGUGGAACAGAAGGUGGAGAGCUACAAAAAGCUGCUGUGCCUCAAAAUGAAGCUGGAGAAAGAAAUCCAAGAGUACGACAACCUGAUGGGCAUAACAGCUGACAAAGAGAGCUUGGAGCUUAAUAUAAGGGACGCAUUGUCACAGGAACAACAGAGUCCUAACAAUCAGGACAAGGAAGGGAUGAAAGAGGUCCUGGUGGAUGAUGGCCACGUCCCCAUAACCCAAUCCCAAGCAUCCAACAUUCAAUCGGCGGCUGCGGAUUCUGGUAACCUCGACAAGGAACCUAAGAAGCCUAAGAAACCCAGCAGCCAGAAAAAAUCCAAAAAGAAGCAAAAGAAGGCUAAGAAAAAUUCCUCCUCCUCUUCUUCAUCCUCCUCUUCUUCUUCUUCUUCUUCCUCCUCCUCCUCCUCAUCUUCCUCCUCUGAGUCUGACAACGAAGAAGAAAAGGACACGCCUGAAGUGCUUGUGGAAGAUUGAUGUUUUAAAAUCGGUGCUCUUAUCCGUUUUGUUUCUCUCACUCAGUAAAAGAAAAAUGAUUGGUACUGUUAAAGCCGCAUAAUAGGUAUGGGGGGUUCUUCAAACGUGUCUUCUAUGGUGUGAGCAAAAAUAAAGAUGUUUUCGAUGCAGAAACAGACUCUU